UCGGGCCCCUGGCGGUGCGUCUGGGUCUCGGGUGCGGGGACGGCCGGCGGGCCACGCCCCGCAGGUGACUCAGCUAUUUCCCUGGGUCCCGAUUGCGGGGAAGAACAGUCCCUGCCUCCCCAACAGAUGAACAGCCCUGGUUCCCCGGGGUGAGGACGCGCGGUCCCUAAAGCAUCCUAAGACCGGCACCCGUCGGUGUUAUUUCCCCAGCAUGGCUGAGACAGAGGCGCUGCCGAAGCUUCGGGAAGACUUCAGGAUGCUGAAUAAAUCCGUCUUUAUUCUGGGCGCCAGCGGGGAAACCGGCAGAGUGCUCUUCAAAGAAAUCCUGGAACAGAGUCUGUUUUCCAAAGUCACGCUCAUUGGCAGGAGGAAGCUCACCUUCGACGAGGAAGCUUAUAAAAAUGUGAAUCAAGAAGUGGUGGACUUUGAAAAGUUGGAUGACUACGCUUCUGCCUUUCAAGGUCACGAUGUUGGAUUCUGUUGCCUGGGGACCACCAGAAAAAAAGCUGGGGCGGGAGAAGUUGAAGCCAGGGUUCAAGAAUUAAAGUUUGAUCGUUACUCUGUAUUUAGGCCUGGAGUUCUGUUAUGUGAUAGGCAAGAAUCUCGCCCAAGUGAAUGGUUAGUUCGCAAGUUCUUUGGCUCCUUACCAGAAUCUUGGGCCAGUGGGCACUCUGUGCCCGUGGCAACUGUGGUUAGAGCAAUGCUGAACAACGCAGUGAGACCAAGCAACAUGAAGACAGAACUUCUAGAGAACAAGGCCAUCCAUGACCUGGGGAAGGCCGAUGGUGCUCUCAAGCCAUGACCACACUGGAGAAAUGCAUUUUAUUGGAAGCCUUAACACUCACCACCAAACUGGUAAUUUCAGAGUCUAAAACAUCAGCAUGCUUUAACUUUGUUGUUCACUAUUCUCAGCCACUCAGAUCCCAACAAGAAAUGAUUGUGCCCUGUGUCAUUGGUUCAGAGCCUGCUCAUACAGACAGGUCACCCAGGGAGCUUUUGAAAAAUAAAGGUUCAUAGGCCCUGUCUCAAACCUUCUGAAUCAUAAUUUCUGGGGUAUGGGCACAGGAAUCUUUAGUUUUCUUUUGUUUACACAAUCUCCCCACUGCCCCUCCAUGGUUCUGAUGCCACUGCUUGGGAGGCUGGCUUUGAAACUCUUGUCUGUAGAGUCACAGCAGCAGUGAAAAUAUUAUGUUCUGUGGAAAUGUUCUAAAAUGUUCUCUGUUCUAAAAUUGUUGACAUUCAUGUCUCUGAGUUACAAAAGUGCUAAUUAGUUACAUGUAGUUGUGUCAGUAAACACUGUGCCUUUACUACUUCUUUAGAAUAUAUAAUAGAAGUUAUGUAACUAAGUUCAUAUAAUUCAGAGGACAACUAAAUAAAGGAAUAAAAAUAAACAA